AGAAACUGGGAGAAAUAGAGAGUGAGCAAGUUUAGUGUUAGAAGGAAAAACAAGAGGCUGAACAUUUAAAAAAACGAAAAAUGCUUUCAGCGGCAACUUGCUAUAGCUGAAACAGAAAUUCUCUAGACUUCGACAGUUACUAUUUACGGUUCAUGCGGAGGGUUGAACCUUUUGUUUUGAUCAGGUCAUUCUUUUGCACUGAGGCAAAGAAGAUUUAAAGUAAAAAGGGUCUUGACUUUUCCAGGCGUACAAAAGAAAGGCAGAAACCAGGACCUGUGAGAGCCCCACUGUUUGAAAGAAUAAAAGGCAUUUAUUUAUAUUAAAAUGUCUUCUAAAAUGUCCAGUUCAAACAACAUAUCUCAAGCAAGAAGGACAGUCCAACAGUUAAGAAUAGAAGCCAGUAUUGAGAGGAUAAAGGUUUCAAAGGCAUCUGCAGACCUGAUGCACUACUGUGGAGAACAUGCCAAAUACGACCCCCUGCUAAUGGGCAUCCCGGCUUCAGAAAACCCCUUCAAGGACAAGAAGCCUUGUACUAUAUUGUAGUGGACAACUGCUUUUUAAUGUGGUGGCUUUUUUAUAUAUAGACAGAAACCAGUUUAAAUCUCAUCUGUGUAGUCUUAAAGCCUCCUGGUACGUACUCUCUGUUUUAAGGUAAUUUACAUGAUGAAAUAACAAAAUCUAUAUUUUUCUCUUUCUCUUUUGAGACCAAAGUUGCCUCAGAAUUAUACUUUAUGUAAAAUUAAGGUUUUUAACAAACGUACUUUUUGUAUAUGUGCUUUUUUACUAGAUUCACCUUUUUGCCAGCUGCUCCUUUUAGUCAUUUAAAAAAUGUAUUUGGACAGGAGUACUACAAAGUUCAAAAAAACCUAUCCUAAAAUAUAUUGACAUUCUGUUGUAUUAAAGUGCUAAUUCUGUCACAUUUUUCUAAGUGUUCAAUCCACAUGUUAUACUUUCACCACUGGGAUUAUAUGUUUUUGACAGUCUUAAGACAGGGGGUUGUGUGUUCCAGGGAGCCAAACGCAGCACUGGAAUGCGAAACAGAAACAUUUAAGUGCACUUUUGUUGAGGCAUUCAGCUAUUGUGACGUCAGUAGUACUCUGUCGUAACUGCAUGCUGCCCUUUUUGUUUUCUGGGUGGACAGCUGGAGUGUUAUACAGUGUAAGCUGAAUAGAGUGUCAUCUAUUCAGAAGCUUCCUGGGGUGUCCAGUAAAUGUACAAAGAGCGGGCAGCAUACUUAAGGAUGACGACUGUCUGUUUUGCAAAUCAGUUUUGUCCUUUUUUUCUCAAGUUGUCUUUUCAGGUGCAUCACAAAUAUAAUGAAAACAGAAUUUAACUUUUACUACAGUUCACCACUUCGCACAGAUUCUAAUCUCGCUGAUGUUAAAGGUUGCUCGGUUAUUUUUUAGUCCCAUAUUAAAAAGGUUAUCGAUGGUAUUUUAUGGUACUGCCACAUGACGACACAAAUUAACCUUGCAUGUUCCUAAUGCCUAAAUGCCAGUACAGCGCUCUCUCUCUCUCUAUCUAUCUCUCUCUCUCUCUCUCCCUCCCUCUUUACUGUAGAUUGAGUUGCCUGUUGCCCUUUUAUGUCUGACACUGAAUAAACAUAUACAGUAUAAAUAGAUAUUGCAUCAUUCCAUAAGUUUAACGUUUGAUUCAUUGCAUAAGUCAUCGAUAUGCUGCUAUCACAAGACUGGGGUGAUCAGACUUCUGUUUUAUUAACGUAAAGUCGUCACAAAAAAUUUGGGCUUUCCAUUAGUCUGGUAUUGAUGACUUAUCCAUGUAAAACCAUACUGUUUUUACGAAAUGGUCCAAUAUAGAAAUAGUGGUUUUAAAAAACAAGUGAUUUAAUAACUUGAACAGAUGUUUUUAAAAUGCUAACUGGAAUCCCAGAUAUCUGACGUAAAAAUAUUACUGUGUGUGUUACAUUGGUAGGCAAGAGAGAAUAGAAGAACUUGCAGGGCAGAACUUCAACUACCUGUUACCUUGGAGGUAAGCAAAGAGAAGGCCCUCUCCUAACAUAAUACUGUAGUAAAUGGCAAGAGGCAGCAGCAUUGCUGUGCAUGUAACGUGGAAAUGCCUUCAAACAAUCGAGAGGAUUUUUCUAUUGUAGUCAUUUUUUUAUUCGACGAUGGUAUUCCAUUUUGAGAUGAUGGGAAGUUAAUCUGCGGUGUGUGUGUGUGAUAAAUAUAAUAUUUAUAAAAUCUUUUUUGGUAGUUGUUAAGCUUAUGUGCCACACAGUACAACCAGCAUCUAUGUGCCAGCUGUACUCUAACCAGUAUUGGCCUUGUAAAAGAAUGUGUUUGUAGUAGAAUAGCACAGAGAGAUCAGGAGAGCCAUGUCUUGUAACCUGAAACACUUUAAACUUAUUACCAGAUCCACUCUUGUGAUUGCUCCCUAGCCAUAAAUGUGGUUUUGGCUAUGACAAAUGUGGGUUAAUAACACUAAAUGUUUCGAAGGAUUUGUUUUAGAUGCUAACAUGCUAUAAUUAAAUACUUUGAUAUGAAGUACCACUUAUAUUCACUGCUUAAUAUGGGCAGCAAAUGUUCCAUUUGAAAUGUGAUGGAAUCUCAAGUAGUAAUUUACUGCCCACAAUGGUGUCUAUCAAGUAGUACAGUGUAGGUGCGUACAGUAGAUCCCCCCCCCCCCAAAUAGUUCAUAAAUCAGACAUACACUAGGUCAGCACACUGAAUCACAUGACAGCAGAACACUUAAAUGUAUGCUGCCAUAUUUUAGUGUUCAAUGUGUGGGUCUAGUAUAUGUCUGCCAUUUUGAAAUGUGGAUACAUAGUUCUCAUUGGCUCACCUAUUAAAAGCACUGCCCUCUGGGAGAGUCAUGCCAUGGUUCGAAUUGCCAAGGAUGGUAUUCCUUAAAUCGUCAGUGGCCUGUUCACUUUAUAAUGGCAUUGCCCAUUUAAGAUGUGUUUCUCUUUGCAUGUGUAAUUGAAUGGUGGGGUGUCAAGCCACAUUACUGCCAGUGGUAUUAUGUUGUAUAAAACCAGCUGUUCAGGUCAUUAAGCAACACUGGUAAAUCUAAGUGGCUAAAAUUGCAGCCCUUUAUUGACUGUUCUUUGUGUAUGACAUGCAAUAAUGCACAGAAAGGCUCUCUACUUUGAGUAUGGUAUGUAACAAAUAAUGAAUCUCCAAGUCCUAAAAACGCUGUGUCUAAAUUGAUUGAGAAGCAGUUACUGUAAGAAUUAAUGUAAGCGGAUUAUCAGCCCACCCCCCUUUCUAUUGGUUGGUUUGUCAAUACGCAAAAAAAACACGGGCCAUUUUAAUUCUAGAUCCUCAAAAUAUAUCUAAACAAGCCAAACAGCCAAUUAAUGUACUGCAAAAGUAGGCAUGAAGGCUUGAUGGUCAACAAAUUUGGAAACCUCUACAUGGUUGCUCAGAGUGUGACCAGCUGCCGCAAUGCAGCGUUCACUUAGAGGAGUUUUCUAAACAUGUUCUGUGACAGUGUACUAGAGGCCUGAUUUUCUUAUUGUGUACUGAUUUUUCUUCUACUUUCAUUCUACUGUACUUUUUUAUAUUGCUUUACUUGAGCUGUAUAACCCUGCCUACCUUUCCAUGAUCAUGUUGCUGUAUUUCAAUUCAAAAGUACAUAAACCAUGAAACAUCUUGCUUUUCUAUCAAGCAUGCUUUUUUGCCAACAUGACAUCGUUUUUAUAUGCACAAUCUAACCGGAUUUAAGUUUCCUGUUGGAUGAAUCGAUUCUCUAAGUAUUGUGCAGGUAGACCACUCCAAACUAGAUGGUGUUUAGUAUGUAAACUCUGUACAUCCUGUAUUCAUAUUGAAAAUAAAUAAUUGCAAAAGGAUUGAUUCCCUGUGCAUGUAAAUGUACUAAUAGUGAGCAAUAUAUAUAAUCAUUUUAAUUUGACAAAGAUAAAUGCAGAAACUGUACUUUUCAAAGUACUGCACUGUUGAAUGUCAUGGGUGCAAUUAAUUCACAUUUACUUCAAUAAACAUUACCAGCACUUU